AUGUCUGUCCGGCGCUCUGGUCUGAGCUAUUCAGACCCAAUCAAACCCCUCCUCAGAGUUGUCGGAGGAAAACCUCGCGCGACGUAUCAUUCAAGAAUGACUGAGGACAUAGAUGACUCUGUGUCUCCUGACAGUACCCAUGGUAGCUGUCCGAGGCCAUUCAAGCACGGGGUUUCGGACCCGAUAUCGGACAGCGAGAGCUCAGGGACGCGCUCUCAUCUCAGGCCCCCACAGGAUUCAGAUUCGGAUGACACUGAUGAGGGGAGGAGAGAUCGGGCUGCUAUUAGCCGAACUACAUUCGGCUCGUCAAAACCUGCACAGAGGAGCAAUACCAGCCCCAAGCGGGGACGGCAGUUUGCUUCUGGAGGAGCCACAGAGGAGACCCGGGAUCAAAGUCCAGCCAAGCGAAAGAAACUGGCUGACGAGAAUGGACGGGCGAGCACUGGUCAAAAGAGGAAAUCGAUGUCAAGUUCCCAACAGAGCAGAGCUUCUGAGCCUUCAUCCAGUGCCGGCAGCCACCUGAGUGAAUCCAACGGCUUCACUAGGAGGCAAAAUGUCACGGCUACAUAUGGUGCGAGCAAGAAAACCUCCGCGAAACGAACUUUCAAGUAUUCCGAUAUGUGGAAGCAAGCCAGUUCCCAAGCUAAAUCAACACCGUUAUCAACCACUUUCAAACACAUACCUGGCUCGGAUGACGAGUUUAGUUCCCCGAAAAAGGCAUCCAAAUUCAAAAUGCCAAAGGGGCUGGAGUCCUCCCCAGGUUCAAAAUCCCCCAUUGCUAAGUUCAAGUCGUUUGAUGAUGACCUGCGUAGCCCUUCUCCCGAAGCCAAGGCGAAAUUUGUCCUCCCAACCACACUGGAUCCAUUGGAUUCCGAGGAAAAGUCACCUCCACCAGUCUUCAAGUUUUUCCCAGGGACCCAGGUCGCAGACCUCGGAAAUCAUGAUGAGUCUAUAGCAACGCUGAUGGCUACCGACUCCGAGGAUGAAGCUAUCAACGCAGACGAUAAGCACAGUAAACCGACCGAAGAAAUGGCAGUCUGUCCCUGGUGUGGUGAUGCUGUGGAUGCCGCGUUUUACAGGGAGUUCACCAAAGGUGUAAGAAUGAACGUACAGAAACAAACCAGAUUUUGUCACAAACACAAGAAGAAAACGGCGCUCGACACAUGGCGGGCGAAAUCGUACCCAUCCAUCGAUUGGGACGAAAUACCGAGCCGAGUAGCUUCUCACCACGCCUUUUUGGCUGGCAUUGUGAACGGAGAGCCAUCUUACUACCGGACCAAGCUGGCAAAGAAGAUCGAAUCCGGGGCUUCCCGCGCCAUGAAAAAAGAAGAAAAUCUCAACCCGGGGUAUUAUGGCCCCAAGGGGUUCAAUAUUAUGUGUGACCUUCUUGUACAAAGGUUCACCGACCUACUCAAAGAGAGGGCUGUUCGCGACCCGGUCAUCUCUGGUCGUGGGUCGGCAGCGUUUAUUCAGUGUGUAUUAGUUGCUGAGCUGGCUGUUCAGCUCAUCAUGCGCGACAUGUCUGUGUCGGCCGAGGAGGCCAGGACCAUCAUGGAGGACAGCAAGGCGCUCGGCGAAAUGGUUCAGGACGAAUAG